UCAUACAUUCUUUCCUUUCUUGAACAGGAAAUCCCCUAAAACAACGAUGUAUAAAAGAACGGAGCUCAGUGCAGUCAAUGAAGGACUCUGGCUGACUGAGCGUGCUUAGUGAAUAGGCAACGUCAGUCUGUUAGAGACUUCAAUUCUUCAACAACAUGCAACUGAAAAUUGCUCUGCUUCUUGUACUUUUCUGUGCUGUAUCAGUGUUCAGUAGAUCAUAUCGAGGUCCUGGAAUAGUUUCUACAAACUGCUGCACGAAGGUGUCCCGAAAGCCAAUUCCAUUUCUGAUUACACACUAUAGGAUGCAGCCACUGUUGGCCCCCUGUGUCGAAGCCAUCAUAUUUUACACAGUAGAGAAAGGACCUCUGUGCGCUGAUCCAAAAGCACGCUGGGUAUCAAGAAAGAUUAAAGAGACUAAUGGCAGGAUGCAGAGUAACAGCUCUCAAUGAAGUGAAAUUAAAUGCUUUCUGGAAGACUGAGAAAAUAAGGACUCUGAUAUUUUCAAUAUUGCUUCAUUAGUUUUUGUGUUUGACUGUGCAAUUAUGUGAAUCUUAAUUUAUUUUUUAUAUUAUUCUGGUAAUUCAGUACUGUUUCAGUGUUUUUGUCACUUUAAUUCCUAAAUAUAUAAAUAUAUACAUUUAUUUUAUACUUUUGAAAUGUUGAUUUUUUUAGUAAAAUAAAAAAAGGCUUUAUCAAAAGGAAUGAGAGUCUUUCUGUAACUGCAUCUGAAAGAGCAGGUUUUGGUUUUUCAAAAGGAUGGUAAAUACUCAGCAAUAAGCAUGGGAACUAGAGAUUAUGUGGGGAAGUAACCAUUUGCACCUGAAGUCUCGCCUCAUAUCCAUUUGAAAAUGUUGAAUUGAAAAUCUACUGCUUAAACUUGGCGCAGUAGCCCACUUGAGGUGGCACGGUGGCUCAGUGGUUAGCACUGCUGCCUCACAGCAUGAGGGUCCCAGAUUUGAU